ACCUUUUUGCCCUUGAUUCUGGAAUCCUCUGCAUUCACCGGUUUUCUACUGAGCAGAGAACACCUUUCAUCCUUUCAUUCAUCCUCUGUUUCACUGUCAAAAGUUUGUUGUCAAACAAAACGUCGACUCUCCCUCCGUACGUGUCUGAAAUCCUCAUCAACCCAUGGACAUUUCCACUCCGACUGGCACGAUGAUGGAAUCCUCAGAAUAUGUUGUUGAUUCGGCGGUGACUGAAUCGGCUUUCAAGCCCAUGGACGUGCCGGACAAAUUCGACUCGUUCGAUGUGGCGGUGGUGGUCUGUUAUUUCAUAUUAGUCCUGGCCACAGGGUUUUAUUCAAUGUGUGUAUCUAAUCGAUCAACAAUCAGUGGUUAUUUCUUAGCUGGAAGAUUUAUGUUUUGGCUUCCAGUUGGAGCUUCACUCUUUGCUAGUAAUAUCGGAAGUGAACAUUUUAUUGGGCUUGCAGGCUCUGGAGCUGCAUCUGGUAUAGGAGUAGGAGCUUUUGAACUUAAUGCAUUAGCCAUCAUUCAGUUGACAGGUUGGGUUUUUCUACCAGUUUUUAUUGCCAGCAGGGUCUGUACACUCCCAGAAUAUAUGUCAAAAAGAUUUGGAGGGUUGCGUAUUAGGACUUAUCUUGCUGUUUUAUCAUUGGUUUUGUAUGUCUUCACAAAAAUAUCUGUUAACUUGUUCUCUGGAGCUGUCUUUAUUAAUCAAGCUCUUCAUUGGAAUCUCUACUGGGCUAUAGUUGGCCUUCUGCUUCUUACGGGAGUUUGUACCAUAACGGGUGGAUUAGCUGCAGUCAUAUACACUGAUACUCUGCAAUUUUUCGUCAUGAUAGCUGGUGCAACAAUUGUUGCUGCUAAAGCAUUUAUGGAAGUUGGAGGCAUAACAGGACUUUAUGAAAAAUAUGGGCAGGCUAUUCCAUCUGUUGGAAUCAAUGGUACUGAUUGUGGCAAACCUAAGGAUGAUGCUUGGAUGCUUUUAAGGUCUUGGGAUGAUCCUGACAUGCCUUGGUUAGGUUUCUUGUUAGGCCAAACACCUGCUUCUAUUUGGUAUUGGUGCACUGAUCAAAUGAUGGUUCAAAGAUUGUUGGCUGCAAAAUCCCUUUCACAUGCACAGGGAGGUACACUAUUUGCUGGUUUCAUGAAAAUUUUGCCAAUUUUCUUGAUUGUCAUGCCAGGGAUGAUAAGCAGAGUACUUUAUACAGAUGAGGUUGCUUGUGUUGACCCUGAUAUUUGUAUGGAGUAUUGUCAAAAUCCUGCUGGAUGUUCUAAUGUUGCCUAUCCUCGAUUAGUGUUGGAACUUAUGCCUUCAGGUUUACGUGGAUUGAUGAUGGCCGUGAUGCUGGCAGCUUUAAUGAGCGAUUUAACUUCAGUGUAUAACAGUGCCAGCACCUUAUUCACUAUGGAUAUUUGGCCUCAGAUUCGAAAGAAGGCUACAGUCUGGGAACUCAUGAUUGUUGGAAGAACUUUCAUUAUCAUCAUGAUUAUUGUAAGUAUUGGUUGGAUUCCUAUCAUCCAAAAGUUGCAAGGUGGACAACUUUUCAUUUACAUACAGUCUGUCUCAGCAUAUUUAGCUCCUCCAAUUGCCGCUGUGUACAUCUUAGCUGUUCUUUGGAAAAGAAUGAAUGAACCAGCAUGCUUCUGGGCAAUGAUGCUGGGCUUCGUUGUUGGAGUUACAAGAAUGGUUUUGGACUUUAUAUAUCGUCAACCAGGUUGUAAUGAACCGGAUCUACGUCCUUUGAUCAUUCAGCGAGUACAUUAUAUGUACUUUGCCUGCAUCUUAUUUUGCAUAACUAUUAUUUCAGCUGUUAUCAUUAGCCUGAUAACUGAACCACCUGAAGAAUAUAGACUCAUUCGAACUACGUAUUGGACACGAUUUGAUGAAGGUGACAGAGAUGAUGACAAAGAAAACUUUGAGAUGCGCAGGAAUGUUGACCUGCAAGAGAAAGUUAAAUUAAAUGACAUGAGCAAAGAAGAAGCUGGAGCAAUGGUUGAUGAAGAGAUUCAUGAGCCUGCAAUCAUUGAGGAGAAAACGUUCCUCUUUUACUUGAGGAAGCUUGGAAAUUGGUUCUGUGGUUUCAACCAAAGCGCGAAACACAAGACAAAUGACGAAGUUUUCCAACAUCUGACAGAGGUUGCUUCACUGCGCCAAAGCAGACAGGAAAAACUGAUUCUGAACACACUGCUUAUGGUGGCACUAACUGUGCCAGUUUUUACAUAUAUAUAUUUUUCAAUUGCUGUGAAGAAGUCUCUCUAAUUCUGUUUGACUUCUGUGUAAUUUUGACAUUUUUCUUUCAUUCACAUUCAUUUUUAAAUGGUUUUAAAAAAACAAAAAGGAUAAAAGGUGUUAUAAUUUUAAUCAUUGUUUGAAAUUAGUUUGAUUUUCUUUGUGAUAUGCUUGAUACUUAAUUCAUUAUAGAAGGUUUAGGAAUAAAUUUGACUAAUUACUAGCUUCUUUACUAUUUUUCAGGGUUUUUUUUGUUUUGUUUUUUUGUAUUAUAACAGGUAUUAAAAUUGCUUCUAAUGUUUAAUUUAAAAUAAAACUUAAAUGAUUAUUUAUAAUUUUACAGUUGCGAUGUCAUCUAGAGACCACUACUUUGUUUUCUAGCUUUAUUUGUAUUGAUUAAACUCUAGAAAGCCAAUCAAAAUAGUGUAUUGUACAGUGUGUUUUAGAAAAACGUUGUGCAGUUAGUCAUAAAUGAAUGCCAUUCAAAAAAGAACAUUUGCUUAACAUGAAAUUUUCUUUCAAUUAAAAAAAAAUAGUUAUCCAAAAGAAACUUGCUAGUCACCUUCAGAUUUUUAAAAAUCUGAUCAAUUUUAAUGAAAUGAAACUUGCUGCAUUGUUCUGUAAUUUGUAACUUCAUGUAAUUGUAUUUAUUCUACAUUUAUAAAUUAUAUUGAAUAUUCUUAUACACACAUGAAAUAAGUAGUUUCUAUUCUAAAUAGAGAAAUUUAGUAAAUUUUGGAUUGAAAAUUUUUAAGAAUGUUAAAAUUAGAACAAAAUAGAAUGUACAACAAAUUAUUUCUAACAGAUUUUUUACAGGUUUUGAAAUAAUUACUAGGUAUGUUUAUAUGCUCCUAAAUAAGUAUUUUUAUAUUUUUGUGAAUGUAUGCAUUUUUUGUUUGUU